AUGGUCACAGGAUUGGUUUCAGGAAGAUUAGCACUUGUUACAGGAGCCGGCUCUGGUAUUGGUAGAGCAGCUUGCCAAGUUUUGUCACGGGAAGGUGCUACUGUCAUUGCUGCUGAUAGAAAUUAUGAUGCAGCUCUGGAAACUAUUAAAACACAUACAGCUUUAGCAUCUGGAUCUAAUGCUGCUGGUGAUCACAGUGCAGUGGAACUAGAUGUUACCAAUACCAAAUCCAUUCAAAAUCUUAUACAACUAUUAUCAAAACAGUAUACAGAGGUGCCUAGGAUAGUUGUUAAUUCUGCGGGAAUAACAAGGGACAAUUGGUUGUUAAAAUUGUCAGAAGAGGACUAUGAUAGUGUUGUCAAUGUUAAUCUCAAGGGCACAUUUCUUAUAAUGCAGAAUUUUGCCAAACAAAUGACAGACAACUCUGUUUCUGGGUCUAUAAUAAAUAUAUCUAGUAUAGUGGGGAAGUAUGGUAAUAUUGGUCAAACAAACUAUUCCGCUAGUAAAGCAGGUGUGGUAGCAAUGACACAGACGGCUGCCAAAGAGUUAGGGAAGUUUAAUAUAAGAGUAAAUGUGAUACUGCCUGGUUUCAUUGAUACACCAAUGGUAAAGACAGUGCCGGAUAAAGUUAAGGCGGGACUUCUCAAAAUGGUGCCUUUGGGGAGAUUGGGAACUCCUAGUGAAGUGGCUGAGUUAAUAACAUUUCUUGGUUCGGAAAAGUCUUCCUUCAUAACUGGUGCAUCUAUUGAUGUCACUGGUGGAUAUUAG